UCGGUUCAUUCUAUAAUCAUCAGCCUUUCAACAAAUUUAUAUCGUAUCUAGCCACGCGUAUUUCAGUUCCUGCGUUUCUAUACAGUGAUUAAUUUAAGAAAGUUUGCAUCGAUAGGAAAUCUGUGAAAAAUAAAAGUGAUUUACUUUGUGGUCACAGAUUUUUCAAACGAAUUAUGGCGACAGACGUGCGAGGAGUUUUGUUAUCCGGCACGGAACUGGCAAAAGAAAUUCGUGAAAAUCUAACAAAAGAUGUAAAAUCUUUGAAAGAAAAACUCCCGAGUUUUACACCCGGCUUAGCUAUUGUUCAAGUAGGGGGCAGGGAAGAUUCAAAUGUUUAUAUCAGAAUGAAAAUAAAAGCAGCCAGCGACAUCGGAAUCGCAGCUGAACACGUCAAACUUCCGAACACUACUACAGAGAUCGAAUUAAUAAACAAAGUAAAUAAAUUGAACAAUGAUCCAAACGUUCAUGGAAUCAUUGUACAAAUGCCUCUCGAUAGUGUAAAUCGGAUCAAUAGCCAUAUGAUCACUGAUUUGGUCGUGCCCGAAAAAGAUGUAGAUGGAUUGAACACGAUUAAUGAAGGAAGAGUCGCUAUUGGUGAUAUGUCGGGAUUUGUACCAUGCACUCCCAAUGGGUGUAUCGAACUUAUCAAGAAGAGCGGAGUCCCAAUCGCUGGUGCUAAUGCCGUAGUUUUAGGCAGAAGCAAAAUUGUCGGUACGCCUGUAGCCGAAUUGUUAAAAUGGCACAACGCUACUGUAACAGUGUGCCACUCAAGAACAAAGAAUCUUCCAGAAAUUGUCUCGCAGGCCGAUAUCUUAGUGGUUGGUAUUGGCCAGCCCCAGCUGGUCAAGGGAAGCUGGAUUAAACCGGGUACAGUCGUAAUCGAUUGCGGAAUAAACUCAAUUUCAGAUUCAACAAAAAAAUCUGGACAGCGGUUAGUAGGAGAUGUUGAUUAUGAAGAAGCUGCGAAAAUAGCUUCGUAUAUCACCCCGGUACCUGGCGGAGUUGGCCCGAUGACCGUGGCCAUGUUGAUGAAGAAUACGGUGAUAUCCGCUCAAAGAGUAGCGGAGAGAAUUUUGAAUGCUGAAUGGAAAUUAAGAGUUCUAACAAUCAACCCACAAACUCCUGUGCCCAGCGAUAUUGCAAUUUCAAGGAGUCAAGAACCGAAACCAAUCACAAGUUUGGCAGAAGAGAUUGGACUAUUCCCAAAUGAGAUCAGUCCUUAUGGAAGCAAAAAAGCGAAAGUUGGUCUGAACGUAUUAAAGAGACUAAAAGAUCAACAAAAUGGAAAGUUCGUAGUAGUUGCUGGUAUCACACCAACACCUUUUGGAGAAGGCAAAAGCACCACGUCACUUGGUUUGGUACAAGCUCUGAGCGCACAUAGGGGAAAGAAUUCGUUUGUUACCUUACGGCAACCUAGUCAGGGUCCCACUUUUGGUGUAAAAGGGGGAGCUGCAGGUGGAGGAUACUCACAGGUUAUUCCCAUGGAAGAGUUCAACUUGCAUUUAACCGGCGAUAUCCAUGCUGUGACUGCAGCCAAUAAUCUGUUAGCAGCACAAAUAGACGCCCGAUACUUCCAUGAGACCACUCAACCUGAUAAGGCUCUUUACGAUAGACUUGUACCGUCGAAUAAAGGUGUAAGGAAAUUUUCGAAAAUACAGUUAAGACGUUUACAAAAACUUGGCAUUACGAAGACCGACCCGAAUAGUCUAACAGAAGAGGAAGCCAGGACAUUUGCAAGACUAGAUAUCGAUCCAGAAAAUAUUCCUUUCACUAGAGUAAUAGAUACAAACGACCGAUUUUUACGUAAAAUUACUAUUGGUCAAAGCCCAACUGAGAAAGGAAAAACGCGGGAGACAUCUUUCUGCAUUUCCGUCGGUUCUGAAAUAAUGGCAAUACUCGCACUAUCCACAAGUGUCGACGACAUGAAACAAAGGCUAGGUAACAUGGUGGUGGCUUUUAACAAAAAUGGAGAACCUUUAACUGCAGAUGAUUUUGGAAUGACAGGAGCGAUGGCAAUUUUAUUGAAAGAUGCCAUUGAGCCGACGCUAAUGCAAUCCUUAGAAGGAACUCCAGUAAUGGUUCACGCUGGACCAUUUGCAAACAUCGCGCACGGUUGUUCUUCAAUUAUUGCAGACGCAAUUGCAUUGAAAUUAGUCGGACCAGAAGGUAUCGUGGUAACAGAAGCUGGCUUUGGUUCUGAUAUUGGUAUGGAGAAGUUCUUCGACAUUAAAUGUCGAACGUCAGGACAUAUACCAAACGCUGUUGUGCUAGUUGCAACUAUUAGAGCGUUGAAGAUGCACGGUGGUGGACCUCCGGUAACUACAGGUGCUGUCUUGAAAAAGGAAUACCUCGAAGAAAACCUUGAAUUAGUUAGAAAGGGUCUACCAAAUCUUUUGAAACAUAUCAGUAAUGGAAUUAAAUUUGGUGUGCCAGUUAUUGUGGCUAUUAAUGUUCAUGGUACUGAUUCGCAAGCAGAAUUGGAGUUGGUAAAACAAGCAGCAAUUGAAAACGGUGCAACCGAUGCCGUGAUAUGUAAUCAUUGGGCCCAAGGUGGUGCUGGUGCUAUAGACCUUGCAGAUGCUAUCAUAGCCGUGACGAACAAACCCAGCAAUUUCAAAGUAUUGUAUGAUUUGAGCAUUGGUAUCGAAGAAAAAAUUAAUACCAUUGCAAAAGAAAUGUAUGGUGCAGGACAAAUUGUUCUUGCAGACAAGGUGCAAAAUAAAAUUAAAGUGUACAAUAAACUAGGAUAUGACAAACUUCCACUUUGUAUGGCUAAAACAUCAAACUCUUUGACGGGUGAUCCAUCAGUUAAGGGUGCUCCUACAGACUUCACACUCAAUAUUACAGAUAUAUUUGUGUCUGUUGGGGCAGGCUUUGUAGUACCUAUGGUAGGAGAUAUAAUGAUGAUGCCGGGUCUUUCUACAAGGCCAAGCAUUUAUGAUAUGGAUUGGAACAGUGAAACAGACGAAAUAGAAGGCUUAUUUUAAAUAUUAUUUUUCUUUAUUA